AUGGCACCGUAUGAGGCAUUGUAUGGAAGGAAGUGUCGAACGCCACAUAAUUUGUAUGAAUUGAAAGAUCUGGAGGUUUAUGGUCCAGACUUGAUGAAAGAAGUUAAAGAAAAGGUUCAGGUAUCACUUUGGAAGAAAGUACUUCGUUUUAGGCGUAAAGGAAAACUCAGUCCAAGGUUUAUUGGACCCUAUGAAGUUCUGAAAAGAGUUGGACCAGUGGCAUAUCAAUUAGCGUUACUGCCAGAGAUGAAAAAGAUCCACAAUGUCUUUCAUGUGUCUAUGCUUCUGCAUUAUCGAUCAGAUCCUACGCACAUUAUAACUCCGGAUGAGAUAGAAAUUCAAUCUGACCUAACUUAUAAGGAAGAACCAGUGCAGAUUCUAGCAUAUGAGAACAAGCAGUUAAUGAACAAGACGAUUCCACUAGUUAAGGUUCUUUGGAGAAAUCAUAAAGUGGAAGAAGAUACUUGGGAACCUGAAUAA